GAAUUACCAAGACCAGAUUUUUACGGAACCGAUCGUAGGAUUUCACCAAUCACACUGACGUGGGAAUUUUAUUUUCCACCUGAGAAGAGACUGAGGAAAUUCUUGAUCAGUGGAACAAUAGUAACUAUAUCUAAGAUAAAUAUCAAAAAGUUAUGUAUCGUGAUCUUCACAAUAGGUGUGGUCAUAGUGUUUCCUAAGAUGUGGAUUAAGAACGUCGGAAUAUAUACGUCACUUGUCACUGCUACAUUAUCCAAGAAUCUGGCUCUAUUUUUAACUAAGAAGGAAAAUCAUAAAACUGAUACCAAUUUCGAAGAUUCCUUCAUUUUCAAAUCAUUCUUGUUUGAUUUCUUUAGUUCAUACUCUUCUUUAUUUUACAUUAUGCUGAUAAAACAACAAUACAUAAAAAGAAUUGUCAAAGAUGCUCACGCAGGCUGUGAAUAUGAUAAUUGCUUGAUAGAACUUACGAUUCAAUUAGCCAUCCUGUUAAUCGGAAAGCAAGCAUUUAGACAGUUUAAAGAUCUAUUCGUACCAUGGACAAAAAUCAAAUUUAACAAACAACGUUUGAAAUUGGAACUCGAAAGUUUGAUUGAUAAAUACAAAAAUUACGAAAAAACUAUACCUCAAUGGGUUAGUGAUGGUUGCUUAGCUGAGGCUCCUAUGAUCGGGAUGUCCGAGUAUGGAGACAUGAUUGUUCAAUUCGGAUACAUCGCACUGUUUGGACCCGCUUUUCCACUUGCGGCAUUCUUCUCAUGGAUCAACAAUGUAGUUGAAAUUAGAACCGAUGCUUUUAAGUAUAUAAAAACAUUACAGAGACCGGUGGCUUUUCAAACCCAAGAUAUCGGGAUGUGGGAAAACGUUUUACAUGUCCUAUCAUCACUUGGUGUAUUAACGAAUGCUGUAAUGAUAGCGUUUUAUUCAAACUGGGUGCAGACACAAUUUCAAAAGUACACAGGUGAUAAUGAUAACUUGUUGUUAAUAGCUAGGCUUGGAUUUAUUCUUGUAUUUGAG